UGACCCUCUUGACUUGCAUAUCCUCCCUCUCUUCGGCCCAUUGUUUUCUUUUCUUCCGCAGUCUUCCUCCUGCUGAGUUCUCUGUCUGUCUUGGAUGCAUCAUCUGUAUGUACCCUUGCUUCCCUCUCCUCUCGGUGUGGGUUCUCUCUCGUGCUUUUGAGUCGGGCUACAUCUAGAUCGGCACCUAACCGAUUCUUCACUCUCCCUUGCCAUUUACCUACCCUGCACUAGACGUUGUCCGGCGCAACGUCAGAGCCUGGUCGCGCCUUGUUCCGGCUUCGGUCUCGUUUCCAUUCCUAUCGUCCCCUUCCAUCGCACUCUCAGCCGGCAUCUCGUUAUCAAUCUUCGUUGUUUGUAUGAUGACGUUGUAGCUGUCCACCAGUCCAAUCCAUCUGACAAUUCAGCCAUCGUGAACAUUGAUAGACCUGCGCUUGCAACCAUACCAACAGCUGUCCAACCAAACUCAGUCGCAUUGUGCGAAUAGCAGGCAAGAUGAUUGGUAGUCUCUUCUUCAUCCUCAAUCGGCUCCUAGAGCUUAUUCUGUUGAUUCCGAUCAUCGGAAUGAUGGCCUAUUUUGUCAACGGCUAUCUUAAUGCAAACAUGAUCACCCCGGCCUACAUCUUGGUCAUCUUCAUCGUCAGCGUCAUUGCCGCAUUCUGGUGUAUUGAUACCAUGAUUCGCAUCUCGACCACCCGGCGUUCGGCAUUGUUCGUCGCCUUCGUGGAUCUCCUCUUCUUCGGCGCCUUUAUCGCCGGGGUCUACGAGCUGCGGUUCAUCACCAAUGCCGAUUGUGCUCACUGGAAUGGAGGCUCGGUGUACAUUUCGCUUGGUCCCUUCGGGUACUACGGCUAUAGCUCCGACAACCCGCUGUCGUUCCACAUCAACAAAACCUGCGCGAUGCUCAAGGCUUGCUUCGCACUGGGGAUUAUCGAGGUUGUUCUCUUCUUCUGGACGGCGAUCCUGGCGGUGAUGAUCUACCGCCGGCCGGAUGUGGUUGUCAAAGAGACGACAGUUCGUCGGCGGAGUCACAGCAGUCGACGCGGCCAUCGGCGCCAUAGCAGCUCGCGAAGCCGACACCAGUAUGCGGUCUAGAACUACUGUUCUUUCCUUUAUGACUUUAUGGACUAUGAUGGGAUGGAAUCUGGUUAAUGAUUGAUUGGAGGAUUUACGAUACACAAAUGAAGUAAAAGGGACAAGCUCACGAAGAUACUAUGUUCACGCGUUGAUGAGAUAUGAACCACUGUUUUUUUGUUCUUUUUACGCUGCUAUUCGGGGGUCUUGUUUUUAUUUGUUGGGGCAUAUAUUUGAUUAUGCUUCUUUUAUACGAGAUAUGACCUGAUUUCUGCUCCAUCGCAGCUGACCUGU